UCAAGGACAAACCUAUUACGUCUUUUUAGUGUAUUCUGCUUUAAUAUUUGAGAUUGUGACGACGAACAGCACUGAAAUAUGCCAAUCAUUAUUGUAAUACAUAUCUGUACUGUACAUGGCCAUGUGUGAUGGAAUGCUGACAUGUCAAUUUAGAGCUGUGUGUCUCUCAGUUCAAGAAAGCGAAAGCAAAAGUAGAAUAUUGUGAAUUGCGGAAAUAUUUAUUUGGUUCGUUUUCUGCGAACUGCCUUUUAUCAAUCGUACGUAAAGUGAAAGUAGGAUUUCACAACAUUAUGUUAUUGGUUCUAAAGCACAAGGAGGAUUUGAAGAAGCAGAAUGGUCGACCAAUAUGAAUUAUUUUAUGGAAGAGAUUCGCCAUUUAGUCAACAUCACAAAUGUCGGUUCGAGGUGGAUGGUAUGGAGUUCUCCUGCGCUGAACAGUACAUGAUGUUUAGUAAAGCAGUUGUAUUUGAAGACGAAAUCAUAAAAGAGAAGAUUAUGAAGGCAACGGAUCCUGUUGAAAUAAAACAUCUGGGGCGGGAAGUGAAGAAUUUUGAAGUCAUACCAUGGAUGGAACAUGCAGUAGAUAAAGUUAAAACAGCAAAUCUUGCUAAGUUUUCGCAGAACAAAUUUUUAAAAAAAAGGUUGUUUACAACGUACCCAAGGUUAUUAGUGGAAUGUAGUCCCAGUGACACGAGAUGGGGCAUCGGGCUCUCCAAACAGGACCCAGGAGCUUUACAUAAAGACUGUUGGAGGGGACGAAAUUUGCUAGGGCAAACUCUGACAAAUGUACGAGAUGAACUAAUGAUGAAAGAAAAUCUAAUAAAAGAACCCACUAUCCCUACUCUACAACGUGAUCAGAGGGAAUUCGAGACAACAGAAACCGCUCUAGUAUUCGAAAGAAGGAGAUUCAAGGAUAAACAGAGAGAACCCAAUUCUAAUAAGUAUGUGUUCUAUUGGGGGAUGGAAUCACCAUUUCAUUCAGAAUAUCCUUGUGAGUUUAUUGUUGAUGAUCAAACGUUCUAUUCGGUAGAACAUUAUAUGUUCUAUAGAAAAGCAGCAUUAUUUAAAGACAGAGUUCAGAUGGAGAAGGCGCUAAGUAUAAAAUCAGCCCGUGAAUUAUAUAAUAUAGAAGACAAGGUAGAUAAUUAUGAUGAAAAUACGUGGUAUGAAGAAAGCCAAGUUAGCUGUAAAAAAGGAGUUGAAGCCAAGUUUACACAAAAUGAAUCUCUAAAGAAUACUUUGUUAAAAUCAUAUCCAAAGAAAAUACUUCAAGUGAAAGGAUAUGAGAGACAGGAUAUAAUAAAACAAGGGCCAAAUCUCUUAACGAAACGUGAGAACAAGGACUGGUUUUGGAGGGAUUUGAUAUUGAUGGAUGUCCGUGAUAAGCUUUGGGCCAAAGAAAACGUUUCUCGUCGAACCAAUGAUACAAGAAAGCCCAAAUAUUCACCCCCCGUUAAAGAAUCUUCGAACAGCAGGGAGAGCCAUGUUCAUUCAGAGAAGUUUUUAUUCUUCGAUAAUGAUUCACCGUUAAGUAAUCGUCAUUGUAGUAAGUUUGUUGUUGAUGGUGUUGAAUUUUGUUUUCUGGACCAAUACAUGUUUUAUUGUAAAGCAGAUUAUUUUAAAGAUGACGCUAGUAAGAAACGAGCUAGUGGAAUAUCUACACCAGAUGAUUUAAUGGACAGCAAGGUUUCUAACUUCAGUUUCAAACAGUGGCACGAGCAAAGAAAUAAUAUAUACAAGAAAGGUGUUAAAGCUAAGAUUUCUCAGAAUGAUGAGUUUAGAGGAUUACUCAUUAACUCGUUUCCAAAGACAAUAUUAAAUCUUCAGAAAAGAGAAAAACAGGAGAUCAUGAACGACCCAUCUGUAUGUAAAGAGGUCUAUUUUAAACGACAACAUUGGAGCGAAUUCAUUCAAAUGGAAGUUCGUGAUGAACUUAUAAAGGAUAACCAAUUUUCAGAUCCUUUUAACGACCAAAGAACCACAUCACAUCCUUCUAAACCAACUGGUUCACAGGACCAUACUGAAACGCCCGAAGAGACCGAUGAUACUGAUUCGGGUUUUGAAAGUAAUAGAUUUCAAUUGCUCACUGAUAAAAAUGAUAAAUCAGACGCUUCGAAAGACAAUUCGGAUUCCAAAGUACUAGAUUCUGCUGGGUCUGCAAUAGAUUUUGAUAGAAUUAAAGGCAAUGAAGCAGAAACCGAAUCGUCAGAAUAUGCUAUGGCGAGAGAUUUAAGUAAGGACAGAAUAAAUGAUGAGCCAAAAGAGAAUAUUGUUCAGUUGAACAACCAAGAGCCCGAUAAACAGGAAUCGGGUGCUUCCAUAUUACUUUCUAGAAAAACCAAAGUCGAUGACCGUGUUAAAGAUUCGUUCAUGAAUGGGAAUGGUGACAGAAAACGAAGAAUGGAUCGCAGUGAUUUGGACACGUCGAAAGCUAGUAAAAAAAAUCAAAAAAAAUCCAGAUCCUCAAAGGAUAAAAAGCAGAACAGAGGUUAUGAAAAUGAUAGAACACAUGAAACAACGGUUGAUAAAGACAACGGUUACAAAACAUCCCCAACUGAAACUGAUUCUAAACCACCAAAAGAUGUUUUAAAAGAUAGAAAGGACAUCUUAGAAACACGUGUCGCGAAAAGUCCUCAUAAACCCAAGGAAGAUAAUACCUCCGAUGAAGCAGCUGCUGUUGCACCCGAAUCUAAACCACGAGAAGAAGCUUUUAAGUAUAAAGAUUACAGGAAAUUAUCUCAAAAACUUUCAAAGGAGUUCGAGUUGAUUCGAGCUGGCUCUCCACUCAGUAAGGGCUAUAAGAGGGAAUUUGAAGUAGAUGGUGUUACUUUUUGCAGUGUUACUCAGUUUGUAGAAUAUAAGAAAGCAGAAUUAUUUGGGGAUAACAUUCGGAAGGAAAAAAUAAUGAAGUUUUCCGAAGAAAUUGAAAUCCAGAAUUGCGGUAAAGAUGUGGUUAAUUUUGAUCCUGCCAAAUGGUUUGGGGAAAACGCCCACAAAUAUACGACACAAGGAUACCAAGCAAUGUUGAAACAACACCCAGAUAUGAAGAGGCAACUGUAUGACACUUAUCCUAAAAUUAUACAAGAACAGCCAAGUAAACCCUCACGAGGUGGAGAAUAUUCUAAAACAGUUAAUAAGAAGAAAUAUGAUUUAAAAACUCAGUUAACAGGUAUUCGGGAUGAUCUGAUGAGGGAGGAAGGUUUGAUUGAUUAAAUGGCCAAUUGUGCGAUCGUCAUCGAUAUUUAAGCCAUGAUUUUCCACAUCAUUUAUGCAUACCAACACGUGCAUUGUAAUUAAGUGACAAAUUUGUGAAUUGUCCAUCUAUAUAUUAUAAUAGUGUGAUUUUCCCUUGAAAAUCAAAUUCCAUGAUUAGUAUAAUAUGACUGAAGUCCGCUUAUAAUAGGUUACUGAUUUCGUCUUCUUUAUUUUUAGUGUAUUAGUUGAUAUAUAAAUGUACUUAUUCAAUUAUAUUUAAGAAAACCAAAGUGUGACAGUUUACCAAUUUUUUCAAGAUUUAAAGGAACUGGACAUAGUUGAUUUGCGUUUUAAAACAUAAUAUGUAUCAGCAUUAACCCGACCUACAUAGACGUACGGGCCCGAUGGCUGUUAAGGGGACAGAACACGAAAUGCCCGAAACAAUUUCAAGUUACAGACGGCGGCGCCGGUCUUCUGCUAGCGGCGAAUGAGCAGAGCUUACGGUGUAGGGACACUCCAAGUUCAUCUGGAAAAUUUGCUGUAUUCUAGUCCGUGAUUACAGCGACCUCAAAGUGGUCUAAUAUUGCCUAAUUUGGGUGGCUGACUCGAAAUCCAGUAAACUAAUCAAUCGUUUACAGUCCACGGAGAAAUUUAACUACCGCAAACGCGUUUUUCUGCUCUUCCAGCCCCUGAAUGAAACGUGGUUCAAUAAAGCCAAUUAAUUGCCGCGGGGUACGAGGCCCUCGCUCUCCCAGCGAAAAUUUUGAAAAUUUAACCCCCGCAAAUACGUUUUUCUCCUAUUAUAGCCUGUAAGUUCAGCAACUUUAAAGUUGUUUUGUAACCGGAAUCCCACUCUAUGCCGACCUUAAAUCCAACCAUCUAAUCAGACUGUUGCAGCUCCAUUCACAAAUAAUAAUCUAAGCCCGAAAAAUGUCGCGCAAAGUAGAGUGGCUCCAGACAAAAUGUUUUAAUCAAUAGCCAAUUCAGUACAAAUUAGUGUUUUAUUAGAUUUCGGGCACUUUAUUUUGCCAGCUAGAUGAAAUAAUAAUUUUUGUUUUCACUUUACCCGUCUGCCGGAAAGUCAGAUUGCUCGAAAGUUACGUACGCCUAUGCCGACCUACAUCGAUCCUAUACUUACUGAUAAUUGAAGGGGUUUUUUUAAACCGUGUACCUGUAAAUAAAAAUGUAAGUAUGGUGUUUACACCAGUUCACACUGUUUUACUAACGAUUACUAUCCAUUUGUAAUAAAACACAUUUUUUUCAUUUAUAGACCGUCUGACCAACAGCGUAGAUUUAUAUCUUCUGAAACUAUCAUUACAGAUGUCAUUGCGUUCCAUUUAUUGUGUGCCACAUUAAAAUUAGAUCACGUGAUCGUACUGACCAAUCACAUUUUCUGUAUUACAUAUAUUUGAAAAUUUGAGUCUCAUGAUGGACGAUCGAGAAACAUUCGUUCGAAUUAUGAAAUUUUUUAAUCUUUUAUCUUUAUUACUAUGCUCAUUUUUGUUUAAAUUUUUGAAACAUAGAAGUGUAAUAUUAUUAUAUUGUGACAAUUAUAAAGUAUGUUGUUAUGUUUAUUAAUAUAUGGAGUUGAUUAAUAAAAUUUACAAAAUAUUUA